AAUGAUCAACUAGUUCUGAUUCAACCAACCGUUGGACAAGAGGAAACCAGCCCGAGAAAAUGAAGUUGCUAAUUAUUUCUGUCCUCUUGACCGCAGCCUCGGCCCAAAUUUUCAAUUCUACAAAUUAUCUCAAUUACAACUCCUCAUCCGAAAAUAAUUGUGAAAACGUCCUAACAGUUUUGGAAAACAGGGGAUUGACGACAUUGCUCGGCUUGUUGGCCAAAACGGAACUGGAUUCAGUUCUUGGUGGGCUUGAUGGAUUCACCAUAUUCGCGCCUACCAACGAAGCAUUCGAAGCUAUCGACUCAAAAGUUUUUCAAAUGAUUCUAGGUAGUCCCGAUUUGCUGAACCAGAUUAUUCUAUAUCACGUUGUUCCGCCUAAAAUGUCGCCUACGUGGAUUUCUGCUCUUUUGUUUGAAUAUUAUUUGCCCACGCUGCAAGGUGAGAUUCCAUUACGUCUCAACGUGUAUCGUAAAAAAGGCUCUUCAAUCGUUUCCGGAGAGAUAGUUACCGUCAAUGGGGCGUUGAUUUUCGAUUCGCUGCAAGUGUGUAAUAACGGCUACGUAUACUUCAUCGAAAAAGUUCUCAAUCCUCGUGAUUUGGCACCCGAUAACACACAAAUUGAAGUACUGAAAAACAAUGGUUUCACGACAUUACUAAAGUUUUACGAAAUUCUCGGCUUAACACCAGAGGUUAACAUUUUCUUCCGUUACGAAACUUUGUUUGCCCCAACCGAUGAAGCAUUCGCAGCUCUUCCUCCUGGUACCCUUGAAUCACUGUUUGCCAACCCGAGAGCAUUACUACGAAAUCAUUUUAUUUCUGGUACGUUCUACAAAUAUGGUCUCGUGUCUGGACCUGUCCCAACCUAUUCUGGCCUUAACGUCGAAGUUGAAGUGAUUCCCGGAGGCGCCAUAUUCGGCAAUGCCAAUGUUGUUCUUCCUGAUCUCACAACUGUUGAAGGAGUUAUUCAUGGCAUUGAUGCCGUGAUUCUAGGCUAGGCGAAAUUAUCCACGAACAUCCAGCCAGCAAUAUAAGAUACAUCACAG